CAAACUAUAACAUAUGAAAUACAAACAAAAGUAAAGAUGGGUACUUCUGUCAACUCUUGGGCUGCCAUUGGAUUAUCAACUGAUCAAAAAAUGGAUGGAAGUAGUAUUAUGAUGUGUAUGUCAGACUUUGGAUUGAUGAGAACAGAACUUGGAUUUACAACUGGUCAUGCUUAUUCAAAGAUCGAUGAUUUGAAAUAUUCCCUAACUUUCCUCAAUGGAAGUACAGAUGGCAAUAUUUUUCGAUGCAGAAUGAAGAGGGACAUUCCAUCAACAGAUGACAAAAUCUUUGAUUUAAGAGAUAAUUGGUACCUCCUGUUUGCCCAUGGAACUCUUAGUAAAGGUUUUCCCCAACAUCAUGAAUUUAAGACUACAACGAUGAGACCAAUGAACUUUCUCGCACCACUUUCAGGAAAACACUUGACAUCUAAACAGUAUGAUACAGAUAUGAUUCCACCAGAUCCUGAGUGUGGUAAGACAAAGGGAUGUCUAACCAACUGUACAAACACAGAUUGUCAAUAUAUUGUCAGCUGGACACAUGAUCAUCAAACAGCCACUUUUGAAAUACAGACUAAAGUAGCGCCAGGGACUAUAAUGAACUCGUAUGCUGCCAUUGGACUAUCAUCAAAUCAAUCAAUGGCAGGUUCUAGUAUAAUGAUGUGUUUAGUCAAUAAUGGAGGAAAGAUGACAGCUGAAUAUGGAUAUACAACUGGUCACAAAUAUGCAAAACUUGAUGAUAUACAGCAUACACCAGUUUUGAUUAAUGGUAGCACUGGUGGUAAUAUUUUCCGUUGCAUGAUACAGAGAGACAUAAAUUUAUCAACAGAUAAAAUAUUUAGUCUUAGGAAUGAAUGGUUCCUUUUAUUUGCCCAGGGUAAUGUAACAAAAGGAAUUCCACAGCAUCAUACAAACAGAACAGCCAGUAACUCUAUGAUUGACUUCCUUGUCAACUUCAAAAUGGCUUCAUAUGAACCCAGGAAUGAGGAGAAUGUUCUUUUUACAUCUUUGAAUGAUGAGAGCUUUCCAGUUGAACCAGAUCAGGUAUUUAGAGAGUUAAUGACAGAUAGUGUGUGUUCAUCAUCUAAAAAUUGUUUCACUAACUGUAAGGGCACUGAGUGUUCAUAUUUAGUUACCUGGGUACCAGAUGGUGGAGACAUGGUAUUCAACAUAACUGCAAAAGUAGAAUCAGGAACAGGCAACCUGGCAUGGAUUGGCAUUGGAUUUUCCCCUGAUGGACAAAUGGCUAAUUCAAGUUUUAUGAUGUGCUUGAACAUAAAUGGUCAUUUUAAAGGUGAAUAUGGAACAUCACCACAACAAUAUGCAGAUUAUACUCCUUUGAAAAAUAUAUCUCUUCCAAUUAUUGAGAGCUCUGUUAAAGGUGACGUCCUUCAUUGUUCAGUGCGAAGACCAAUCACAUCUCAUAACAACAAAGUUUUUGAUUUAACAAAACCAUGGUAUUUGCUUAUUGCCCAUGGACCUAUUCUGAAUAGAAGAGGUCGAGAACUAAAGGCUGAUUAUCACACAUUCAGAACUCAAACUGACAAGAGGGUAACUUUUCUUACAGUUCAGAAAAAUAGAAAAGUACCUGUAAAAAUAAAUCCUGACAGUGAAUGUGGUCUUUCAAAAAGCUGUUUUCAUGAUUGCAAUGCAACAGAUUGCCAUUAUUUAGUUAGCUGGACCAGUGAUUUGAAUGAUAUCACAUUUAACAUAACAGCAAGGGUUACAGAAGGAAAGGCGUAUGAGAGUUGGGUGGCAUUGGGAUUCUCACCUGAUGGUUCUAUGCCCAAGUCAAGUUUUAUAAUGUGCAAGAAUGGGAAUGGAACAUUUUAUGGACAGUAUGGAUAUUCCUCACAGUAUACACAGUUUAUUGGUAUAGACAAUGUUACAUUACAAAUUUCUGACAGCUCAGUUAAUGGUGAUAUAGUUCAUUGUACAAUUAAAAGACCAUUACUAUCUGACUCAGAUAAAAUCUUUAAUUUAACUGUGGAGUGGCAUAUCUUGUUUGCCUAUGGUGUAGUAACACUUUAUCCUACUGGUGAACCAAUGGCUAAUUUGCAUGACUUUAAGAUUGGUAGUACCUACUUGACAGAUUUUCAGAAAAUAUCAAACAUACCAACCACAAUAGCACCUUCCACAGACACUACAGCAGCAAAUUCUCCAGAUAAGAUAACACCUGAUCCAGAGUGUGGUAAAACUAAAGGAUGUUUCCCAAUAUGUUCUGGUUCAUCAUGUUCAUCACUGGUCACAUGGCAAAAACAUGGAGAUUACAUCCUUUUUGAGAUAGCACAAGAAAUUUCAUUGAACACAGACAACAGAUGGAUAGCUGUAGGAUUUUCUGGAAAUCAGCAAAUGGCAGAUACAAGUGUUAUAAUGUGCCAGCAUAAGAAUGGUAAUGUUUCCUUUGAUCUUGGAUAUAAUGAUGGAUAUAGCUUUCAAUCUUUGGCUGAGAAUAUGUCAUCAAAAAUGAUUAGUAAUGCAUCACUUACUGUUUCUGGACAAAUUAUGAGAUGUACUCUUCAUCGAACAAUGAGUUCAACUGAUCCCAAAGUAUUUGAUCUGAACAAUGAAUGGUUCAUUCUAAUGGCAAAUGGACCUAUAAAUGCAGGUAUUCCAGGUCAUCACGAGGUGGAACCAAUAUCAACUUCAUCUAAAGAAAACUUCAUAAACAUAACUACAGUUACCACUGCUGGACCAACCACCAGUCCUGAGUCAACAAUUCCAUCUACACAAUCUCCAGAUAAGAUAACACCUGAUCCAGAGUGUGGUAAAACUAAAGGAUGUUUCCCAACAUGUUCUGGUACAUCAUGUUCAUCACUGGUCACAUGGCAAAAAAAUGGAGAUUAUAUCCUAUUCAAGAUAGCAGAAGAAAUCUCAUUGACCACAGAAAAUAGAUGGAUAGCUAUAGGAUUUUCUGGAGAUCAAGAAAUGGGAAAAACUAGUGUAAUUAUGUGUGAACACAAAACCAGCGGUGAUUCCUUUGUUAUGGGAUAUAAUGAUGGCUAUUCUUUUAAUACCUUGUCUGCAAAUGGGAUAUCUUCAGUGAUAAAGGAUGCAUCAUUAACAGUGACGGGAAAUGUCAUGAGAUGUAGUCUACAACGAGCAAUUAAUUCAACAGAUCCCAAAGUUUAUGACUUAAAUAGUCAGUGGUAUGUUCUGAUGGGUAAUGGACCAAUUACAAGUGGUACACCUGAAAGACACGAGCAACCACCAAUAGUCACCUCUGCCAAAGUAAACGUUCAGGCAUUCAGCAAAGUGGAUGGAGGAAUUCAGACAUCAGCGGUUAUAAAAGUUCAUGGAUGCCUGAUGAUAAUAGCCUGGAUAUUAUUCUCUAGUAUUGGAAUCAUUCUUGCAAGAUACUUUAAGAAGCAUUGGUCAGAUUCUACAUGGAUGAAGCAGAAAAUUUGGUUUCAGAUUCACAGAACAUGCAUGGUAUUGGCAGUACUACUGACCAUAGGAGGCUUUAUACUAAUAUUGGUACACACUAAAGGUUAUAGAGAGUUAACAGAAAUUGGAGAUAAGAGUUAUGUUAACUACCAUCCUAUACUUGGAAUAGUUGUGUUUUUACUUGCACUUUUAAAUCCAAUAAUUGCAAUGUUUCGUUGUGCACCAGAUCAUGAACACAGGCCUUUAUUUAACUGGUUACAUUCAAUAGUUGGAACAAGUGCACAUAUAAUUGGAGCUAUAACAGUUGGAUUUGGAUUGAAUAUAUCUAAAGCUAAUGUAGAUAGUACUGCAAAUUACAUUUUGAUAGAGUAUGCUAUUGCCUUUGUUGUCAUAGAAUUUUUACUAGCACGUCUUUCACAACAACCAAAUACUCCAGAUAAAAAGGUUUUCAAUCUUUCUGCUUCAGAAAAGGAACCACAAAAUGAAAGUGGUGCCAUGAAGUUUGUUUUGUUUCUUCAUGUUAUUGCCAUGACAACAAGCUGUGCUAUGUUGGUUUACCUUGUGCUACAGGCUUAGACAAUAGAUGAUCUUUAUUAAGCAGUUCAAAGUUUUUCAUCAUUGUAAUAAAUUAGUCUUUCAUUUUUGUGGAUGUAAUCUUUAUGAAACAGUACAAAGUUUCUGAUGAUUGUCACAUAUAAGUCUUUCAUAUUUCUGGAUGUGAUAAUUUAAUUGAAUGUUAACUGUCAAUUUUAAAUUGCUUUGUGUGUUUUGUAUAUGUUGGUUAAUCUGCCUAGUCAUAUGCAAGAUUUCUAGACACACAUAAUUAUACGAGCAAAAAAUUUUUUGGGAUCUUAUAAUGGUAUGAUGUCGUCGUCUGCGUCUGCAUCAGAAGACACAUUGGUUUCCGGACAAUAACUUUAGUUUAAGUGAAUGGAUCUCUAUGAAAUUUUUUAAGAAGGUUCAAUACCACAAAAGGAAGGUUGGGAUUGAUUUUGGGGAUGAUGGUCCCAACUGUUUAGGAAUUAGGGGCCCAAAAAGGGGCCCAAAACAAGCAUUUUUCUAGUUUCAGGAUAAUAACUUGUGUAUAAGUAUUUCGAUAGCUCUGAAAUUGUACCACAAUGUUUAAUACCACAAGUAGAAGGUUGGGAUUCGUUGUAGGGGUUAUGGGGCCAACAGUUUAGAAAUUAAGGGUCAAAAAGGGGCCAAAUACAAGCAUUUUUCUAGUUUCCAGACAAUAACUUGUGUUAGUGUAUGGAUCUUUAUGAAAUUGUACUACAAGGUUUCAUAUCACAAAGGAAAAGCUGGAAUUGAGUUUGGGGGUAAUUGCCCAAAAAGUUUAGGAAUAAGGGGCCAAAAAGGGUCCAAAAAUUAGCAUUUUUCUAGUUUCCAGACAAUAACAUGUGUUCAAAUUUAUGGAUCUCUCUGAAAUUGUACUGCAAGGUACCAUACCACAAAGGGAAGGCUGAGAUUGAUUUUGGGGGUAAUUCCCUCAAAAUUUUAGUAAUUAGUAGCCAUAAAAGGGCAAAAAAACAAGCAUUUUCUAGUUUCAGGACAAUAACUUGUGUGUAAGUGUAUGGAUCUUUAUGAAAUUGUACUGCAAGGUUCCAUAUCACAAAGGGAAAGCUGGGUUUGAGUUUGGGGGUAAUUGCCCUAAACGUUUAGGAAUUUGGGGCCAAAAAAUAAGCAUUUUUCUAGUUUCCAGACAAUAACUUGUGUUCAAGUGUAUGGAUCUCUCUGAAAUUGUACUGCAAGGUACCAUACCACAAAGGGAAGGCUGGGAUUGAUUUUGGGGGUAAUUCCCUGAAAAUUUUAGUAAUUAGGGGCCAUAAAAGGGCAAAAAAACAAGUAUUUUUUCUAGUUUCAGGACAAUAACUUGUGUGUAAGUGUAUGGAUCUUUAUGAAAUUGUACUGCAAGGUUCCAUAUCACAAAGGGAAAGCUGGGUUUGAGUUUGGGGGUAAUUGCCCUAAACGUUUAGGAAUUUGGGGUCAAAAAGGGGCCAAAAAACACAUUUUUCUAGUUUCCAGACAAUAACUUGUGUUCAAGUGUAUGGAUCUCUGAAAUUGUACUGCAAGGUACCAUAUCACAAAGGGAAGGCUGGGAUUGAUUUUGGGGGUAAUUCCCUCAAAAUUUUAGUAAUUAGGGGCCAUAAAAGGGCAAAAAAACAAGCAUUUUUCUAGUUUCAGGACAAUAACUUGUGUGUAAAUGUAUGGAUCUUUAUGAAAUUGUACUGCAAGGUUCCAUAUCACAAAGGGAAAGCUGGGUUUGAGUUUGGGAGUAAUUGCCCUAAACGUUUAGGAAUUUGGGGCCAAAAAGGGGCCAAAAAAACAAGCAUUUUUCUAGUUUCCAGACAAUAACUUGUGUUCAAGUGUAUGGAUCUCUCUGAAAUUGUACUGCAAGGUACCAUACCACAAAGGGAAUGCUGGGAUUGAGUUUGGGGGUGAUGAAUCAUAAGGGGGUUCAAAACAUUUGUUGGGGGGGGGGGAUUUUUUUUUCCUUUUUUUGUUUAAAAUUUUCUAUUUUAAAUUGGUUAUUUCUGAUUUAUAUAUAAAAGCAAAUAAUAAUGAUAUGGUUUGAAUAGGUAGAUUAAAAUUUUUUAAGUUCUUAGACCACAUUCAUUCUGAGUCAGAAACCUUUGCUGUGUCAAAUAUUUAAUCACAAACCAAAUUCAGUGCUGUAUCAAGCUUGAAUGUUGUGUCCAUACUUGCCCCAACUGUUCAGGGUUCGACCUCUGCGGUCGUAUCAAGCUGCGCCCAGCGGAGCAUUUUAUUAAUUUUAGGGCCAGUUUUCAAAUUGGUACACAUUAAGGUCGGAAGGGUUCAAAAGUAAACAUUGUUUGAUUUAUAAAAAAAAUGAAUUCUUGGGGUUCUUUGAUAUGCUGAACUAUCCGUGUAUUUAGAUUUUUUUAUUUUUGGUACUGGUUUUCAAAUAAGUCCACAAGGUCCAAAAUUAAACUUUGUUUGAUUUAAAAAAAAAAAGAAUUCUUGGGAUUUUUGAUAUGCUGAAUCUAUCUUUGUAUUUAGAGUUUUUAUUUUGGGACCGGUUUUCAAAUUGUCCACAUUAUGGUCCAAAGGGUCAAAAAUUAAACUUAGUUUGAUUUUAACUAAAGCUGAAAUCAAAGAUUGAUUUUGGUCCCAGUUUUCAAGUUGGUCUAAAUUGGGGUCAAAAACUAAACUUUGUUUGAUUACAACAAAAAUUGAAUAUAUGGGGUUCUUUGAUAAGCUGAAUCUAAUCUUGUAUUUAGAUUUUGGAAUUUUGGGCCCUGUUAUCAAAUUAGUCCACAUUGAGCUCCAAAGGGUACAAAAUUCUUGGUGUACUUGGAUAUGCUGAAUCUAACUGUAUUUAUAUUUUGAAUAUUGGACCAUCAUAGGUAAAAGUCCAAUUUCAAAUUUUUCAGUUAUUUGACCAAUUCUUGAAUCUGUCCAAAUCGAGUCAAAAUUAAAUUUUGUUUGAUUUCAACAAAAUUGAAAAUAUGGGGUUCUUUGAUAUGCUGAAUCUAACCUUGUAUUAAGAUUUUUGAUUUUGGGGCCUGUUAUCAAAUUGGUCCACAUUGAGGUCCAAAUGGUCGAAAAUUAAACUUUGUUUGAUUUGAUAUGAUAAUUCUUUGGGUUCUAUGAUAUGCUGAAUCUAACCGUGUAUUUAGAUUUUGGAUAUUGGACCAUAAUAGGUAAAAGUCCAAUAUCAAAAUUUUCAGUUCUUUGACCUUAUUUAUUAUGUGUCAGAAACCUAUACUGUGUCAAAUAUUUAAUCACAAUUCAAAUUCAGAGCUGUAUCAAGCUUGAAUGUAGUAUCCAUACUUGGCAUUUGUGUCCCAUGGAAACAUUCUUCUUUUUUUAUAUUAACUAAUUAAUGUACAUUUGCCUCUUAUCUUGAAAAAUAUAAUAGAAAGGUAGUAACUGUUAGCAGGAAAAAUGAUGGGUAUACAAGUUCUGUAAGAAUGCCAACAUGACAGAAACCAUGGACUGACUCCUAAAAGUAAGGUGAGCAAUUCAGGCUCCUAUGAGCCUCUUGUUUUGGAUCCGCCCAAUUUUAUACCCUCUACUGAAAACAAUACAAAUAUUUUAAAGGAAAUAUUCUAGACACCUCAGAACUGUCCUUUGUGUGAGAGUUUGUAGAGAAUACAAGUUUUAGUGUCAAAUAUAUAUUGGCUUGUGUUGACACAAAUUAGAUUUGCAAUGCAAGAAAUGUGUUUAAGUAUUUUUGUAAAGUUAUGACAAAAGAUGUAAGUUUUUUUGAAAGCGUGUAUUCAUAUGUACAUAUAUAUAUACAAUCAUUAUGUGUCAUUAAAUUUUCAUUAAUAAAGACAUAAAAUGUUAAA